AUGUUUGACUUCGAGCCGACGAGCGAUGCUGAAGACCAAUCUGGUUCAGCUACCAGCUUACAGAUGUCGGAGGACGGGCCCGUAACGCCGCGUACGCCGGGGGCCCUCCGCCCCGAGGAAAUCAUGACAGACGAGGAUUUCGUCAAGGCCAUCGAAGAGAUGGCCGAAGUGGGCCAGAGCGAUACAGACAUCGGAGAAUUGCUAAAGGCGAUGAACGAGAAUCGUAUCAUAUCAUGGGAGGAGGCUGAGCGUAUCCUGAGCGAUACCGGAAACUCUCCGGUGAAGAGCAGUUUGCCAGAGCAGACCAGACCCACGGAACCAGACAAUGACACCGACGUCGAGCAGUGCGUACAACGACUUCUCGACAACGAUCCCACCCUCAAAGAAGUCAACAUGAACAAUAUGAAGCGAACGCCUAUUCCACAAAUUCGACGGCUACUCGAAGCAUUGGCUUAUAAUGAACAUUGUGAACGAUUGUCACUAGCGAAUAUGGGUCUUUAUGACAAUGAUGUUGCAACAUUACUGCCAGUAAUUGAGAUGAACACUGCCUUGCGAAAAUUAAAUCUGGAGACAAACUAUUUGAGCGGAGACUUUUUCGCAAAACUUUUCCGAGCGGCACUUGUCAAUCAAACGCUCGAAGAAGUCAAAGCUGUUAAUCAGGGUGUUUCAUUUGCAACACUUGCUGAAAAGGAGAUCAUCGACUGUAUUGUAGCGAACAGUGGAUUACUGAAGAUCUCAGUAAAUCUCCGACUUCCCGAAGGACGACAUAAAGUUGAGAAAGCGACGUUGAGAAACGGCGAAUACAAGCGAAUCUUACGUCGAGAAGCGGCGAAAAAAGCUGCAUACGAAGCCGAGGAAUUGGCAAAGAAUCCCGUGAUCUCAGUAAAUCUCCGACUUCCCGAAGGACGACAUAAAGUUGAGAAAGCGACGUUGAGAAACGGCGAAUACAAGCGAAUCUUACGUCGAGAAGCGGCGAAAAAAGCUGCAUACGAAGCCGAGGAAUUGGCAAAGAAUCCCGUGGUGAGGCCUUGA